UUCUUCUCAGUGUAUUUAUCGUCCACGAGGGCCUGUUUAACCCUAUUUUGAUUACCAUAUAUAGCCCAGUGAGGAGCUAAGCAAACGCUGGCAAUGGCGGAGCAGCUCGCUGAUGCCAUCAGGGAUCAGGCCGCCCUCUCCCUGCGACUCCUCAGCCACUUCAGCCUCCAUCGCGCCGACCAGAACCUCGCCUUCUCUCCCGCGUCCUUCCAUACAAUCCUCUCCCUCCUCGCCUCCGGCGCCACGGGCGCCCACCGCGACCAGAUCGCUUCCUUCCUCGGCCCCGCCGGUGCGGACGCGCACGCAGCCCUCGCCUGCCACAUCGCCGCAACCGCAAGCGCAAGUAGCGAAACUGAAGCACCACCCAGCGGCCGCGACGAGGAAGAUGAAGAUGAGCCAGACUUGAGCCCAGAACUCGUGUACGCGACGGGCAUCUGGGUCGACUCCUCGCUCCGCCUAAAACCCUCCUUCGUGGCUGCGGCGGCGUCCACGUACGACGCGGCGGCACGAUCCGUCUGCUUCAGCUCAAACCCCGAUCACGCCAGAUCGGAGAUCAAUGCCUGGCUAGAGGCCAAGACCGGCGGCCGGUGGAAGGAGCUCCUCCACGAGGGCUCCAUCGGCGCCACCACGGCCAUCGUCCUCGCCAACGCGCUCUACUUCCGAGCCUACUGGUACGACCCCUUCGAGCAGAACCUCACCGAAGACGGCUACUUCUACGUCUCGCCGGGGCAGGUCGUGCGCACGCCCUUCAUGACUGGAGGUGCCCUGCACGCGCACAUGUGCAUCGGCGUCCACCCAGGAUUCAAGGUACUGCGAAUGCCCUACGCCGGGCCGUUUUCCAUGUGCAUCUACCUCCCGGACGACCGCGACGGGCUGCCGCGCCUUCUGGGCGCGCUCGCUGACGAUCCAGCGCCGCUCCUCGACGUGCCACAGAGGCGUGUCCCCGUCGGCGAGCUGAGGAUCCCAAAGUUCGAGGCGUCGCUGAGGGUGGAGGCAUCGGGGAUCCUACGGGACCUCGGGCAGGACCUGCCGUUCAGACCGGCUAUGGCCGGUGAGUCCUUUUCAGAUAUGCUGGAACUGGACGACGCGGACGGUUCUUCCAUGAUGCCGGUGGCCGUGUCGUCCGUCGUGCACCAGUGUUCCGUGCACGUCAACGAGAAAGGUACCGUGGCAGCUGCAGCCACCGUCGUGGAGAUGCUAGGGUUUGGCCUGCCGUCAGAUCCGGUCGUCGACUUCGUGGCCGAUCACCCGUUCCUGUUUAUCAUCCGGCACGAGGAGGGGGAUAACUCCGGGGUUGUUGUUUUUGCCGGCCAAGUCGUUAAUCCUCUUUUGGACUAAUUGUGCAACGGAAAUUGCAACGAGAUUGCAGAGAGUUGAAUGGGUGGUUUUCAAGAAAUCAACUACUCUGAGAUACAUCAAAAUUUACAAAAAAAAUUAAGAAAAUUUUCAUGAAACGGAGGGCGUACUAUUUCACAUAGAAAAACAUCAACCCUUUGGGGCACCCUGGAAUUAGUAGCCUGAUUUUUACUGAUUUCAUUCCAAUACAUAGAACCUAUCGUGUACAUUAAGAUCACACUUGUUGGAUGAUCUAGAAAGGAAUAUAAUGUUUCUCAAAGGAAAAUGAAAUAGUCUUACUUUGUGUGAUAUGAGCCACUCCGUCGGUGUAUUUGUAAAGAAAAACACGAUAU